UUUCUACCAGAAAACUGAGCCGUCAGCUCUCAGCAAUGAAAAUUUUCAGUCAGCUUUGGAUCUACCGAAGGUUCCUACUGAUUCUCUUCACUCCACUGCUUUUACUUCCACUGCCUCUCAUCAUUCGAACCAAAGAAGCAGAAUGUGCAUACACGCUGUUUGUAGUUGCGAUCUUUUGGCUCACAGAAGCUUUGCCACUGGCUGUUUCAGCUUUACUUCCUGCCUUAAUGUUCCCAAUGUUUGGUAUUAUGGCAUCCAAGGAGGUGGCAGCUGCUUAUUUCAAAGAUUUUCAUUUGCUAUUAAUUGGAGUAAUUUGUUUGGCCACAUCAAUAGAAAAAUGGAAUUUGCACAAGAGAAUUGCUUUGAAAAUGGUGAUGAUAGUGGGUGUGAACCCUGCAUGGCUUACGCUGGGUUUCAUGAUUAGCUGUGGCUUCUUGUCUAUGUGGCUUAGCAACACCUCUACUGCUGCCAUGGUGAUGCCAAUUGUAGAGGCCGUAGCUCAGCAGAUCAUGGGUGCUGAAGCAGAAGUCGAUGCCUUAGAGAUGAAUUGUGCAACUGGAUCCACCAAUGAGGCAUUGGAACUUGAUGAAAGUGUUAGUGAAUGUGAAGCUAGUGACUGGAAAGAGAAAACAAAAGAAGUUAAUGGAUACACCAAUGGUGAGGGUCACACUGUGUGCAAGAUUGAAAAGGAAAAGAAUCUGCCCCCAGCUGAGACAGGAAGGAGAUACAGAAACCAGAAAGACCAGAUGAUGUGCAAAGUAAUGUGCUUGUGUAUUGCUUAUUCUUCUACCAUUGGAGGGCUGACCACAAUCACAGGAACAUCAACAAAUUUGAUUUUUGCUGAGCAAUUCAAUACACGCUACCCCAAUUGCCAAUGCAUCAAUUUUGGAUCCUGGUUUAUACUUUGCAUCCCCAUCACUAUUAUUAUUAUGUUGCUCUCCUGGGUCUGGCUCCAGUGGCUUUUCCUUGGUUUCAAUUUCAAAGAAAUGUUCCGAUGUGGCAAGGAAAAAACAGCCAGAGAACAGGCCUCAGCACAGGUGAUUAAAGAGGAGUACACAAAGCUUGGACCAAUAAGCUACCCAGAAAUCAUUACCCUUGUCCUGUUCAUUUUAAUGGCCCUAUUGUGGUUUACAAGAGAACCUGGAUUCAUCCCUGGAUGGUCUUCUCUUUUUCCUCAAUACCCAGGUUUUUCUACAGAUUCAACAGCUGCCUUAAUAAUUGGCCUCCUCUUCUUCAUUAUUCCAGCAAAAACUUUGUCUAGGACUUCAAAUGGAGAAAACACUAUUUUUGAUUACACUCCUCUGAUUACUUGGAAGGAAUUUCAGUCAUGCAUGCCCUGGGAGAUAACGAUUCUUGUUGGUGGAGGUUUUGCACUGGCAGAGGGCUGUGAGGUUUCAAAACUAUCAGCUUGGAUAGGAAGCAAAUUAACCCCUCUGGGAUCAUUACCAAUGUGGUCGAUUAUCCUAAUAUCAUCUCUGAUUGUCACCUCAGUAACAGAAGUGGCAAGCAAUCCAGCUACCAUCACUAUAUUCUUGCCUAUACUAGCACCUUUGGCUGAAGCUAUUCAUGUGAACCCACUUUAUAUUUUGAUACCAGCUACACUGUGCACUUCAUUUGCAUUCCUGCUUCCCGUAGCAAAUCCACCCAAUGCCAUUGUAUUUUCAUAUGGUCAUUUGAACGUUAUUGACAUGGUGAAAGCUGGCUUGGGUGUUAAUAUCAUCGGAGUUGCUGUGGUUAUGCUUGCUGUCACAACAUGGGCAGUGCCCCUGUUUCAUCUUCAAACAUAUCCAAGUUGGGCACCAGAUCUUUCUACUGUGAAUACCACAGGGCCAUAAAAACUAACUGGCAAGGUUUUUGUGGGGUUUUUUACUAUUAUUUGGUGAGUUAGUAGAAAUGCAAAAUACACCUCAAUAAUGAUAGUGAUCCAUGUUACUUUGAAGUCCAUAUUUCCCAGUCCCAGGGAUUGAUGAUCUGCUGAUCCUAAUCAGGAAUAAUGUUAUCCAAAUAUGGACUUUGCAAACACCAUCAAGCUUGAAUGUGUUUCUUAUCCAGGUCGUCUUAUUCAGAUUUUACUUGUACAUGUUGUUGAGUACCAUCUUUGAAUGUGCACAUUCUUUAUGAAUGACAAUUUGGCCCUGUUCUUAGGGUCCUAAAAUAACAGGAGCUAUCUAUUUUAACAUUUUAAAUAAUGUAGGAACAUUUGCUGCUGGUCUGAAGAACACACUGUAUUUUUGGUUGUUGGGUUUGUUUUUUUUUCAAAUCAUAAAAUUUUAGAUGAUGAUGAUGAUUACAAAUGAAUGGUCAGGUUGGGGAUUGUCUGAACAAUCCAUUCACUGCCCUGUCCAUAAAUCUGAUCUUGUAGGAAAAGUACAAUCUGUGGAGAGCUGCCUGGGUAUUUAUACUACUGCUUUUCUGUCAACGUUUCUCUGGCCAUCUCCUCACUAUCUGCAGGGAAAAUCAUUUAGACCCCAGUUCAGGAAAGCAAUUAAGCAUUUAUUUAAAUCUAUCCCUAUCCAGAACUGUACUUAAGCCAGGGGUUCUCACAACAAAUUUUUUGGUGGCCUCAGAGUGUGGCCACCAACUCUUGCUGGUGGCCGCACUGACACUUUUUCCUAAAAUACUUAAUUAACUUUAGGAAAAACAAAUAAAUAUGCAUGUAUAUACAUCCAGAUCAUUGUAAUUUAUUUAUGUAGGAUUUUUUUGCAGACUCAAUGCAAAUAAUGCUGUGAAAAGUGAUAUUUGUUAAUAUCACUUUUCACAGCAAGUCCUGGCAAGGUAAGACUUGGACGGAGGGGUUGGGAGUGAGGCAGCAGAGGCCGGGGCAAUGGAUGGGGGGCUCUACCACUGCAUGGUCAGAGGUGUGGCUCGGCACCUGGGGCUGGGAGUCAGCGCCCUGGCCCAGCACCCACUGGAGCCCAGGGUCAUUGCCCACAGCUGCGUGGCCAGGGCCAGGAAUUGGCACCCAGGGCUGGGGAUCAGCACCCACUGCCAUGCAGCUGGGGGUUGGCACCCGGAGCCAGCACCUGCUGCUGUGCGACUGGGCUGAGGGUCAGCACCCAGAGUUGGUGCCUGGAGUUCAUGCCUGCUGCUGCACAGAUGGGGCUAGGAGUCAGUGUCCUGGGCCAGCACCCACUGGAGCCAGCGCUGCGCAACUGGGACUGGAGGUCGACAUCCAGGGCCAGCAUCUACCAGAGCCUGGGGUUGGUGUCCACUGCUGCGUGGCUGGGGAUCUGCACCCGGGACUGGUGCCUGGGGCUGGGGAUCGGUGCCCAUGACCAGCACCUGCCGGAACCCAGGGUCAACAUCCAGGAGCAGUGCCCGGGGUCAGCGGCCAGGACUGCGGGUCAGAGCAUGUGGCCAGGGUUUGACUGCCAACAGGUUUGGGACUGGCACUUGGAAUCUGUGCCUGCUGCCACAUGGCCAGGGCUAGGGGUUGGCAUCCACAGCCAGCACCCGCCAGAGCCCAAGACCAGUGCCGGGGAUCAGCACCCAGGACCGGCAGCUGCUGGAGCUCAGGGUCAGCCCCUGGGGCUGGCACCCAGAGUAGGGUGAAUCUGUUACUUAAGUAUUUGCUUAAAGUUAAGGACAUACUUUAGAGUUGUCCUGGUUAGAGAUGCUCUCCUGAAUUGGAGCCUAUAAGAGUGAAGAAUAAACUAUCAGAAUAAUUCUCUGCUCAGGACCUGUCAAAACAAUAGAUGCAUUCUUUAGAUUAAUACACAGUAUACAGUCCAGGUGAGUUAAAAUUCAACUCUCUUUAACAAGUUGAUAUCCCCUUCAGAAUAGGUACAAUUUUAAGCUUCCUAGACUGUAUUAAUAUUAGAAACAUUAAAAAAUAGUCCACGUGACUGAAAAGGAAGUUUGCAGUUAAAGCUGUUUAGAGAUCAUUUACAUUGUUAUAAUGUGUUUUGCAGAUUAAGAGCUAUAACAUUUGCCUCUUAGUGUGUUAUAGUAGUUAGCGAGUUAUGUGUACCAUCAUCCAAGUGUUAGACAGAUUCAAGUCUGCAUACUUGAGAUCAGGUCCACCCUCGGGGCUGCCUUACAAACAGUGUAAACCCUAGUGGGAUGGGACAAUAGGAGUGUUUUUCCCCCUGGGGAACUCACAAAAAUAAGAUUGGUGUUUCUUCAGGCAAUCCCGGGGAACAAAAUUUUACAAAGAUAUUUUCCUGGCAAGUUUAAAGAAAGGGGGCAUAUUGUCUUCUGCCAUGGAAAACAUGAAGUAAGCAAACCUCUUGUCCCUUUGCCACAAUGAAUGUGACAUCCUUAGUUAUCCAUGGUUUGCAAUCCCAAGGAUAUCUAUUGUCUUACCAAGGCAAUUCCUUAUUGUCUAAGAGUCACACCCAGUGUUUUAAUCUUGAUACAGCAGAACUGAUUGAAAUUGUCAUCUUAAAUAUGGCAUUGUGGCCCACCAAGUUUGUUGGUCCCAGCAUGCAAUACUCUAUCAAAUCAGAAUGGAGCUCCUUGCAUGCUUGGAUACCUGUAUUCUCUCCAUCUUUAUUAAAGAAAAUGCUGACUGGUUACAGCCCCUUAACAGUUAAUACCACUGUUUCAUUAUAAAACUGGUGUUUAGUUUGUACAGUAGAACUGUCAGUUAGCUUUACUGCUGUUUUAUUUAGAGGCUUUUAAUGAUCCCAUUGACAGCAUAAAAAAAAAAUCCAAGUAAACUAGAGACAAGUUUAAACAUUUCAAGAAGGAUGCACUCUUAAAAGUUAUUUUUACCAACAGAUUGCAUUUGAAGUGAAUAGUUUGCAGGAGGCAGGAGGGGGAAGUGAGAGUUGUACAGAAAAUAUAAACUGCAGUGAUUUGUUCUGUCUAUUUUUGGAUAUUUUAAAGCAUGUAGCAGGGGACACUUCCCAAUGCCUCCUGACAUGCAUUCCUCUUACCCUACCAUGUUCUGGCUCUGGCUUGAAAGGGCCUUCAAAGAGUCCAUGUUCUUUAUGAUUAGGCUUGGAAGGGUUAGAUUUUCACUGGCAAAUGUCAGUAAAUAUUGAUUUCACUGUACACACACAAACUGAAGAAAAAAUAUUUCCAUCAAUGAUGAUUGAAAUUUACAGAUCGCGAAGUAACAAAAAUGCUGCUUGAGAACUUAUUAGUUUGAUUUAAAGAUAUUUACCUUGUAUAUUUUGUCAUGUAAUGUCAACAAUUUGUGUGUUAAUGGUUAUAAAGCUUUAACUUUUUGAAUCUCAA